AUGCAUCGACGGCACACCACCCUCCGGGAGAAAGGGCGGAGGCAGGCCACCCGAGGCCCAGCCUACAUGUUCAAUGAGAAAGGCACCAGCUUGACACCUGAGGAAGAGCGCUUCUUGGAUUCAGCAGAAUAUGGGAACAUCCCGGUGGUACGGAAAAUGCUGGAGGAAUCCAAAACUUUGAACUUCAACUGCGUUGAUUACAUGGGACAAAAUGCUCUGCAGCUGGCAGUGGGCAAUGAACACCUGGAAGUCACUGAACUCCUUCUGAAGAAGGAGAAUCUGGCUCGCGUUGGGGAUGCACUCUUGUUAGCCAUCAGCAAAGGAUAUGUGCGUAUUGUGGAAGCAAUAUUGAACCACCCGGCCUUUGCACAAGGACAACGUCUCACUCUCAGCCCCCUCGAGCAAGAGCUACGAGACGACGAUUUUUACGCUUAUGA